CCUACACUAUAGUGUUUAUUAGAAUUUCAGUCUUCAGACUUCAGAGAACAUUUUAAAUUCUGAUCCGCACUUAAAUAAUAAUUAUAUUUUACUUUAAUCCAUAACUGAAUGUGCCGUAUGAACUACUUCAUAAAGCGUAUAUAUUAAAGUUUAUAAAAGUUUGAAAUAAAACUUAGUAACGGAAGUGGUAUUAGUGGGAUGUAAAAACAAUAUCCAACUUAAUUUCCUUUUGAACAAUGGGCUCGGUUAAACCGUAAACAUUGUUGCUGUGAAUGCGAAGUGUAAUGUAACGUUGAAUCAUAAGUAUAUUGCGCGGUAAUAUAAACGUAAAUCAAUAAAAAUGCGUGGUGCGUUAUGGGUGCUUAUGUACAAGCACCUGGUAGUUCGGAUAAGACGAUUCAUACAAACACCUAUUGAACUAGCAUCACCUAUAGUAUUCUUCGUAAUACUAUAUUUGUUUAAGGACAAAAUAAAUCCUGUGCCUAAAUUUCAUGCUUUGGAUGGAUGGAACAUUCACAACACAGAGCCAUUGUUCUUAGACAAAAUAAAGGGACCUGCAACUAUUUAUUAUUUCCCUGAAACUGAUUUAACCACCUUGCUAAUGGAAAGGGUCACAGACAGAAUGGGUAUGCAAAAACAGAAGUUGCAUUCGGUUGAUAGAAUCAACAAAGGUUACAUCCCACUGUUAGAUGAAGUGCAAAUCACACAAAUUUCCUCGCAAAUGACCUAUCAUGAUGCCCUUGUGGUUUUUCAGAACAUCAGUGGAACAUGGCCGGAGAAACUGAAUUAUACGAUUCGUAUGAAGAACGAUUUCAAGACGAACUCAUACGCGGCAGCAGACGGUGGCUUGGGAACGCACGAGAAUUUCGGAUCAAUUUACGAACCGUUUCUUCGCUUGCAAUGGACAAUUGAUACAACCUAUUUGCAGCUUUUAACUGGAAAUGAUAUAACGCAGCGAGUCUCCAUCCAAGAGUUCCCAUACGCGGAAGCCACAGAGAACCACACGAUAGCGCUAAUCGGCCAACUGUUGGGCUUCCUCUGCUGGAUAUCGCUCCUGCUGGUGUUCGUGUUCCUCAUGUCCAGGCUGUUGGAGGAGAGAACCACGGGGAUACAGGAGCUCAUAAAGAUGGUGGGGGUGUCGUCAAACCUGCUCAGCGUAUCGCACUUCCUGAACGUGCUCCCCGUGGGCGUGGUGUUCAGUGUGGUUGGUGCAGCGCUGCUGACCUCGUCCCCCAACGCGCUGAUACCGAAUUCGAGUCCCGUGCUCAUCCCGAUGAUGAUGUUCCUGUACUUCGUCAGCGUUGUCGCUAUGGCGUUCGCGUGCAGUUUCUUGGUGAAGAAUCCACAAUACAUAGUGUCGCUGUCGACGUUCGCGUACGUGUCGCUGUGGAUCCCGGUGCGGCUGCUGGAGGGGCGCGCGCUGGCGCGGCCGCUGGCGCCCUUCGCCGCGCUGCUGCCGCACGCGCCCAUGCACUGCUUCUGGAGCGAGAUGGUCGCGCUCGAGCAGUACGGACUCGGUAUAACGUUCGCCAACAUGGCCACCACUCACAGCGAGAACUGUAUAUCUGUGCUCGCCUGUUUAGUAUUUCUGAUUCUCCAAUCGGCCAUAUUCUUCACGCUGGCGCUUUAUUUGUCCCUGGUUAAUCCCGGGCCGUAUGGACAAUCGUUACCGUGGAAUUUCUUCUGCCAAAAACAGUACUGGAGCAAGCGGCAAGUGGUGCCGGAUGCUGACGUAGAAGAGUUAGAGGAGAUGAGCGACGAGAGAGACGCUCUCUUCUUUGAGCAGCCGCCCAAGGACAUGGAGGUUGGCAUCAAAAUCGUCAACGUGUCUAAGGUGUUUCCCAAAACCAGAGCAUUGAACAAUGUGACCCUGGACGUGUACAAAGGUGAGAUAACCGUGCUGCUCGGCCACAACGGCGCUGGCAAAACUACGCUUAUGUCUAUUAUCACAGGAAUGCUCAGUCCCACUGAAGGCAAAGUCUACGUGGAGGGGUUGGACACUUGCACCCAGCGGGACGAGAUGCGCCAACACCUGGGCUUGUGUCCGCAACACAAUCUGUUCUUCCCGGACCUCACUGUGUUGGAGCACGUCAUGUUCUUUACUAUGUUAAAGGGCAGUGGAUAUAUGGAAGCCAAGUCCUCUUCCCUAAAACUGCUCGACCACCUGGGUCUGGGGGGUAAAAUUAACGAGCAAAGUGGGGCUCUCUCAGGGGGUAUGAAGAGGCGGCUUCAGCUCGCGUGUGCGCUGGCUGGAGACGCGCGCCUGCUGGUGUUGGACGAGCCCACUGCUGGGCUGGAUGUGGAGUCCAGGAGACAGCUAUGGGACCUUCUGGCUUCGCUGCGCGGGUCCCGCACGGUGCUGCUGAGCACGCACUUCAUGGAGGAGGCGGACGCGCUGGGCGACCGCGUGGCCGCGCUGCACGCCGGCCGCCUGCGCUGCCACGCCACCACCAUGCGCCUCAAGCGCGCGCUCGGUUCCGGCUACCGCCUCUCCUUCACCACAGUGGGUCUCCCGAACGAGCCGGCCAUCACAGCGGCGAUACAAUCGAAGGUGCCGGACGCGUCCGUGAAGGAGUCCUCUCUCAACUCUAUCUCUUACAACCUGCCAGCGAACAGCAGCAAUAAGUUCCCAGAGAUGUUCACUAUGCUGGAAAUGAAUAGGCCCGAAUUGGGUAUAGACUCCAUUGGCGUUGGGAAAUCUACGUUGGAAGAAGUUUUCUUAAAGCUAUGCAGUGAUGUAACUACCAAUUUCACAGACGACGCAGUGGAUGGACAGUCUGAAGAGCCAACUUACCAAAAAUUAUCUGGAAUGCCACUAUAUUGGAGACAAUUUCGCGUGCUGUUUGUGAGGCAGAUGAAAUAUGUAUGGUCGAAGAAAUUUUCCUUCUUGAUAUUGCAACUAUUUCUACCGAUCCUCAUGAUAUGCCUGUUCACGGGGUCCUCCAAUGAGGAGGAAGCGCCCCCCGACGACAGCCCCCAGGCGCCCAUGAACCUGGAUCUGUUCCGGGAGGUGUGGGAGCCGAGGGUGCUGUAUCGUGUCAACCAGACAAGCUUAAGGGCGAUCAGUGAUGCAUACCCGAAGGUUGAUUUCGAAAGUGCUGAUGAUGUAGCAAAUAAUAUUUUGCGGAUUAGCAAACGAGACCAACUGGAGUAUAAUAAAUAUUUAGUAGGAGUGGAACUAAAUGAUACUGAUGCUAAGGUGUUAUUCACGACGCGUAUCCGGCACGCAGCGCCCGUAGCCAUGAACCUGCUGACCAACGUGCUCGCCAGCCAGCUGCUGCCCUGGGCCGACGGCACUACCCUCACCACGAUGAACUAUCCGCUGCUGCUCAAAAAAUCGACUAUCCGCCAGGAUAUGAUCGAGCCUAAGACCACCAUCAUGGCGGUCAUGUGGGCCAGCUGUAUUGUCUUCAUUAUUCUAGCAACGGCAAUAAUGAGCGUCUCCCUGCCAUGCAAAGAGCGCGCAACGGGCACGAGACACCUGCACAUAAUGGCGGGCGCUUCGCCCGCGCUCUACUGGCUGGCAACUCUAUUGGCGCACUCGAUACUGUACACGGUUGUAUUGGUGUUGCCAACACUGAUAACUGCGGUCAGCAUGGAAAAGGAGGGCACGAUUAAUCAACCGGACUUUCUUGGCACGCUUGCGCUAACUCUAGUUUGCGGCAUUGUGGCGUUCCUGAGCUUCAUGUACGCGAUCAGUUUCCACUUCGGCGAGAGAAGCGCCGGAGUUCUGUUAGCUGCUUCUGCUGUUAUUUUUGGUUUCCUAACACCGACAAUAAAAACGGCGUCGGAGAUAAUUUCCGAAACGGAGGCGAAGAGUUUCGGAGAUUACGUCCUGAUGCUGAUCAGCUACACGCUGCCGCCUCACGCGCUGACCACCGCCACCAUGAAGGGGGUGAAUGUUGCCAGGCUCAACGCGUAUUGCCAUCUCAAUAGGGACAGGUGUCCCAAUUUGUUUGUCUCGGAUAACGGGUUCGAUGUUAAGAAGUGCUGUGAAGAAAAUAUGAACCCCAGAUGUUAUUUCUGCUUCGACGGCUAUGCGCCCGCUGGAUACAUACUUGUCUUAUUCCUACAAUCCAUAUUUUAUAUGAGUAUAGUGGUAGCGACGGAGCUUGGUAUGUUCAAUUAUCUGUGCGACCGUCUGUUCAACAGCAAAUACAGCCCGACCAGCUCGGACGAUAUUGAUGAGAUUGUGCGCGCUGAAAAAGCGUAUGUCAGCAAGGCCAUUACGCUGCCAAAGAGGCAGAUCCAGGAUAUGAUGUUAGUCAACGACGUGCACAAGAAUUACGUACGAUUCUUGGGAAAGUCUUGCAACGCGGUGAAAGGGGUCAGCUUUUCGGUGAAAAAGGGUGAAUGCUUCGGUCUCCUGGGUGUGAACGGUGCGGGCAAAUCCACAACGUUCAAGAUGUUGACGGCGGCUGAGUGCGCAACGCGUGGGCAGAUCUUUGCUAAUGGAAAUCACUUGGGCAAAAUGCCCGGGCAGUACCUCAACUCGUUGGGUUACUGUCCGCAAUUCUCCGGAAUGGAUGAGUUCCUCACGGGCAGGGAAAACUUGGCGCUGCUGAUGACUCUGCGAGGUUUGAACGAUCACGAUACGGCGAAUGAAGCUCAGGCCUGGAUUGAUGUUGUGGGUCUGGCGAAGUACGCGGAGCGCGCGGUGGGCGGGUACUCGGGCGGGUGCGCGCGGCGGCUGGGCGCGGCCGCCUGCCUCAGCGGCGGCGCCGCGCUCGCGCUGCUGGACGAGCCCACCGCCGGCGUGGACGUGGCCGCGCGCCGCCGCGUGUGGGCCGCGCUGCGCCGCGCCGCGCGCACGCGCCGCCGCGCCGCCCUCAUCACCUCGCACAGCAUGGACGAGAUGGAGGCGCUGUGCUCGCGCAUCGCGAUAAUGUCCGGCGGGCGGGUGCGCGCGCUCGGCUCGGCGGCGGCGCUGCGCGCGCAGCACGCGGCCGGACACGCGCUCUGCCUCAAGCUCGCGCCCGCGACCGCGCUCGCCGCAGACGAAACGGACAGCUCGAAACCGGACGUAGUACAACUAAAGAGAACACUUCAAGAGAAGUUCAACUGCACACUGAAAGAUGAGCAUAAGACGAUGCUCCACUACCAUAUAAACGACACGCUACGAUAUAGCGAGCUAUUCACUGAGUUAGAAGCGCUCCGGGAGCAAUACCCCUCGCUGCUGGAGGACUACUCCGUCACGGAGACCACGCUGGAGGAGGUGUUCCUCUCCUUCGCGAAGGAACAGCAUCACGACUCCCCAGCUUAGGGAAUCCGGUAAAAACUUCUAGACGUUUCCAGAAGUUUAGUCUUUAUAUCGUUUGAAAUUAUUCUAGAACUUUUUGUGUUUAUAUGCGGUAGAACUUUAAAAAAAAGUAGUUGUUUGUAUAGAAUGGAACUUUCUAGAAUGUUGUUGCCACGGACCUUAUUGAAAAAAAAAUAAGAUUUUUUAUAGAUUGUUUUGUUGUAGUAUAUAUUGUAGAUAGUAUUGUUAAAUGAUUACAAAUGUAUUUAGAAAAAACUAAGUUAAUUUUCUAAAGUUUGGGUGUAUACAGGCUGAUUACAAAAAAUAAUGUUUGUUGUUUAAUUGUAUAGGUUUAAGUUGAGAACUAGAUUUGGACGUAUUAAAACUCUUAAAGUACUAACUAAUUUAUUUCGAGCACUGAUUCUGUGUGACUUUUUAAUUUUUGUUUAGAAAAUUGAAUCUCAGUUAUGAUACUUAUGCUCUUGAAAUGUGAAUAAAACUUCUGUCCAAAAAGUUUUAACUGGAAAUUUUGUUGCCAACUAUAUAUAAUAUGAAUUUAAUUUAUUAUUUAUUUGAAUUUAUUAGUUUUAUUAUAUCUCCUUAAAAGUAUUAAUCUUAUUAUAUUAUAUCAAGUUAAAGAACUUCGCAUGAAAUUUUAUAAAUACUAUUCGGUUUUACUUUAUUGUCUUAUUUUCGGAAAUAAAAUUAAAAGAAGGAUCGCGUCAAAGCGAAUCACUAGUUUUAAACAACGAUAAGUGCUUUUGAAUAAUCGUGUGCCUCUAAAUACGAUACCUUUAUAUUAAAUACCUUUUUAUAUAUUAUAAACUAAGUAAAUAAAUUAAAAUUUAAAAUUAACCUCACUUGAAUAUAGCUUUUGGUGUUGUGAUAGUCUACUGGUUAAUAUUAAUAAUGCAUUUUGUAUUUUCUAAUUGUUUAAAAUUGGUUGGGUCACUUUUUUAUACUGUAUAUUAUGAACGUAGCUUUAUAGUAAUUAAAAAUUUACAGCAUUGGAUAGAGAUUUUUGAAGUCCCUGUAAUCUUUGUAUACCAAGUAGAAUAAUAAAAUUGAAAUGUUUGUAUCAUUAAAAUUUCACUCAAAUUAUAAAUCAAUGAAGGGCCGAUGCUCAUUUAACAGAAGUUAUUACACGAACUAACAUCAUUCCAUUAGUUUAACUAUUCAUAUUGAAUUCGUUAUUGUUACACACCACUUAACAGUAUUUUUAUUCUACUCUUUAUGAAACAUAUUGUAAUAAUUACUCGAAACUAUGUAACUUAAUAACUAACUUCAUAUUUUAUGUUUAAAUUAGGCUUACGUCACAUUUUAAAAAUUGUGAAUCUGUAUGAAAUCCAAUAUUAUCACAAAUAAAUGACGUUGAUAAUUAAUUUAUUUGUUGUUUGCAUAAGAUAGUAUAAACUGUAAAUUGCAGUUUCAGUACAAAAACAUGUGUUAAUUUGUUUAUGUAAUAUAGAAUUUUUUUUUUGUAAUGUCUGUCCUACUUACGACUAAUGGGAAUUUUAAAGUGCCUAAUUCUGUUAGGGAGAUAAAAUUUCGGAUUCAAUGUUCAAAAUACUUUCUUAACAUAUGAGUAAUUUUGUAAGAUACUUGUAUGAUAAUAUAAUUCUUUUUAUAAUAAAUUCCCGGUUAAGCAUUUGGUAAGUCACUAACAGGCAACAAAAGAAAAGUUCAUCCCCUACAUAACCCUUAAAAAUAAGUAGUAUCUAUUAAGUAUUACUAAUAUUUUAUUUUUUAUUUUGUACAUGUUAAAGCACUACCCACAGAUAAUAUUUUUAAGGCUUUAGUGUAUAUACACUUAAAGCUAUACAUAAGUUAAGCGUAAUUAUGCACUUUUUAAUUGCACUGCCAUUUAUUUUAAUAAUUAGUUAUGUAUUGGUCUAACUAAUAAAUGAUAGGGGAAAAAGUAUUUGUUUAAAGUUACCACAUACUUUUACUCAUUAAACAAAACAAAGUUUGAACUUUAAUUUUUUUCUUGUAUCCUAGUUGUUUUUUUUUUUUAUCUUCAUUAUAUGUAAUCUUAUAUAAUAGAGAUAAAAUUGAUUACAGAUAAUUAAUAAAAUAUGCAAACUGUGAAUUAUUGUGAUAUGUACAACAGCAUUAAAGCUAAGCAAGCUAGUUAUGUUUUAGGAAACAAAACUCGAAGCAUCACAUAUUUAAAAUAUUUUUAAGAAGGAUUACUUUAUAUGUUAAUUCAUUGUAUAUUACUUAAAAUAUUGUCUUUAUUGUAUUAAAACUCUAAAAUUAAGUACUUAAGGUAUUGCAGCUUCUAUAAGUUGAUAGCAUACGUACUGAAAAUUGUAAAGACUGUAUUUAAUCUGCUUUCAAUAAAUAUAUAUGCUUGUA